GAUCUCUGCAGAUCACCUGUAGCUGUCGUACUUGUCAUGCCCGUGGCAAGAGUCCAUGGCUCCAUAGCGUGCAAUAAGUGCCAUGGGUCAAUGCGGUGGCUGCGACACGGCACGUGGCUGCGAAUCUGGCCUAGCACCCACCUGGGAGAGCUGUGAUUCCCAGCUCAGCUUUGAAGAAAGGAUGGCUUCUGCGGGUGUGGGUCACCACAUGCAUUUUCCAAUGUACGUUCUGAAGGUGGCGGACUUUCUCCAGAUGUCGGGUGCGCCGCUGGCGCACGACGCCCUACAAGCGAUGGGCCUGUUGCAGCGAUGGAAACCAGGGAUGUAUGUGGCCUUCGUGUCCCAUCAAUGGCUGGGCAAGAGCCACUGCGAUUCCUUGGGACAUCACAGCUGUACCCUGCGGGAGAUGCUGCGGGAGUUGCUCCAAAACAAACUGAGAAUUGAGUCUGACGGAGACGAUUAUGGCACCAAGAUUCGGGAAGAACUGGCAGAUGGCUAUUUAUUUUUCGAUUGGUUUUCAAUCCCUCAAAUUGAUUCUUCGAGUCGUGUCAAAAUGACGGAGUCGAGUAUGGCGAUCCAGAGCCUUCCGGCCUAUGUGCAAAAUUCAGAUCUCUUUAUGGUGCUGGUCCCCGAAGUGCAGCAUCAGGACAGCGGUUCCUACUGCAAUUUCACCUCAUUUCUUCAGAGAGGUUGGUGUCUCGCAGAGCUCUGGUGCCAACUUCUUAGCAGUAAAAAGGACAACCGCGUGAUUCUCAUCCAUGGUAGCCGGGAUGUGAAACAUGUGUAUCUCACAGAUUGGCAAAGCAAUAGCGUGUUGGAUGGGCAAUUUACGGUUGAAGCAGACCGUCUCACGGUAUCCAAGUUAGCAGAAGAGGUGUUGAAAGAGAAAAUCCAAAGGCUUUCUCUGGGGCCGGAACUGUGCAGUUUCCGGUGGUUUGUGGCCAAUAAGCCCAGACUGUUAGAUCAUCCCCGUGAAGCCCGGGACGUCACCAACUUUCUGCGGAGUUUCGCCUUUCCCAACCUGGCGGCUGCGGUCAAUGCAGACGGUUUGCUCUGUGCCACGUGCCAUGGUUCAAAGGUCGCUGGAAAGCGGGAUGUUGAGGGCAGGCAACCGAAUGCAUGGUCGGGGCAAAAUCACUUGGCAGGGCUCUCGGGGGACACUGCAAUGAUACGCGUGCUGGCAAACUCCCGGGCCGAUGUGAACCAGCGCGUGUCCUCUUUGACCGAGUUUGGUUUCGAGAAGGAUCAAACGCUUCUGAUGAUCGCCGCCAAGUCCUGCCAGCCGGCAGAGGUGCUGACCAGGCUGCUGGAGCUCCGUUGCGAUGUGACGCUGCGCGACAUCGAGGGCAACACUGCCAUGGCCUCUGCACGAUGUCCCGAACAGGUCCAGGUCCUGUUUGAUGCCCGCGCGGAUCUGCACAGCGGCCGGCAGCUGACACCUCUGCAGCUCUGCGCGGCACGUGCGUCGUUGACCACGCUGCGCAAGCUGCUGGAAAUGCGUUGUGAUCCCAUUGGUGAAGGUGAAUUGCAACUGCCUAUUCUUCAGAGUCGCGGCAAUCCCUUCGCACUGCACAACUUCCGUUCGCUGCUGCACCACGCAGCCCAUGCGGCGCGCAGCACCGAUGGUCUCGAGGGUCUCGACGGUCUCGACAGCCUGUGGCCCGUGGUGAACGGCCGCACGCGCCUCAGCGAUGAGGAAACCGAGUCCUGUCAUGAGGCCCUGCAGAAGAUCAUCAGCGAUGGAUGGAACCACUGCUCCACGAUGAUCCAAAGCAAGGCGAUGAUACUGGAGGGCACUCCACUGCAUGCAGCCGCCUACAUCGGGGACCGGGGACUCAUCGAAUUGUUGCGACAGUAUGGAGCCAAAUCCUCUGCCAACCUGAUGGGCAUGUUCCCGGAGGAUCUCGCAGUGAAACGCGGCUUCUUGCAGUUUACGCAGGAGGUGCUGUCCUUGGUGGUGAACCGGGUGCUGAAUGCCUUGCCGCCACGGCUGGUUCCAUCCCGGAGUUUCCUGACGGCCAGCAUUCAGAUCGUCGAGGCGCUGAUCAAUGCAUGGUUUGACGUGCACCAAUCUCUUGCGACGGAAACAGAGGUGCAAAGAUGGGGCCGCAUGGUGGGUGAUGCUUGUGCCCACGCCUGGUGGCAAGAUGCGGCAGAACAACAGGCAUCUGCGCCUGAAGUGUUGGUGGCAGUUCUGUCAAGAGGGCGGUCUCCACCAGAGGACGCACGCCACGGUGCGGCAUUGAUCUGUUGUGCCUUGGAAGAUGCAGUGGGAUCCGCUGGUGCCACAGCAUUGGCUAAGGCUCAACUUGGACCCGGACGGCCAAACACAGGGCUCCGGGACAAGGUUUCCAGAGGUGAGUUCCGACCACCAUCGCGCGCAGGCGCCAAAGCUUCGGGUGAUCGUUACAAGCUGCUGGGAAUCAAGCACUUUGUCGCUGCAGCAAAAGCUGAUGAAGAUUUGCAGAACUGUCCUUUGAUCGCCACCUGCUUGGCAGACGUGGCAAUAGGUGCUACACCCUACUUGGAGGUUGAGCUUCUACUGGGCGUCCCAACGUACCGGGAACGGCUUGUGGCAUGGGCCUCCCAGGAAAGCCAAGGCCAAGGUGAUGGCGCCUUACAAGAAGCCAUUUCUCAGGCAAUGAAAGUCAGUGCUGCUUCAGUCACGUCAGCACCCAAUUCAGCCCACACAAACAAAGGACAACUUCGACAGGUGAAGCCUGAAAGCAAACAGUCAGACAAAGAAGAAAACAAAGAAUGUCAAGGUCGACGAGCUUCGUGGCUUCCGCAGGCGUUCGUCAGCAGCUUCAACGCCGAAGGUGAAGAGGUUGAGGGCGUGGAUGAUGCAGGUGAAGACAUGCCUGGCCUUGAACCGCAGCGGAUCCCAAAAAAAAAGCGACCUGACACUGGAGGAACAAGCAGCUAUUCAGCUGAAGGAAUGUUAGAACAAAUAAAACAAAAAAUUGCACCCCCUCCGAGUGAGUAA